UCAAUCGGCUAGCCAACAUGUUCUCAGUGUUGUUUGUGUCGAUUUUAUUUAUUUGAUAAAGUCGAUGCCUUGCUCUAGUGGUCAUUAUACUCUAUAUUUAGUUGGUGUUUGGGAUGACUCUAAAUUCCAGCUCCAGCGCGGAGCUAUAGUUUAUAAUAUUAAUUUAAAUAGUUUUAAAAAAUAUUUUUAACCUAAAUAAUAAUCAAAAUGACUUAUCAAAGACAAAAUGUCUUCUGAAGGCUUACAGCUCCAACUCCACGAUUUUAUGGAGCACCUAAUGACCUGCUCCACCAACUCUACCGAAUUUUCUGGAGCUGGAGCUGUCCAAACAGGGCCUUAGUGACCGGUUAAAUGUCAUAGAUGGAUGUUGAUUGCUUCUCCAAGUAUCUCGAAGCAAAUAACAUCGCUAGGUCUGCUUCAGUUGAAAUCUUAAUACUGCAUAGUGGGCAUUGCACAUUAGUGUUUUAGGUCUUUUGGUUUUAAGUUGUGGUUUUGUGAAAGACUGUGAUCUUUGGUGAUGUUCUGCCUGCUAGAUCUAAUAGUGUGAUGUUUUAUUUAGAUGUUGUGCGAUGCGAGUUAGUCCCAAAUGUUAGACUAUUGUAAUUAUAGAAAGCCUAAUUAUGGUAGUCAGCCCUUGAUUGUAGGCUGCCCUUGAUUGGCUUGUACGCCUGUGCGGUUGCCUUGUGAGCAACCCCGGCCUCUCCUAUGUAUACGCACACAUUGCCGUGGAAUAGAAUCAAGUCAUUCCCACAAUUACUCUUUCAUGGUAUCAAGGUUCCGAUCCACCACACUUCCGCAACCCAAGACCGCGCCGUCGCCGAUCCGAUCGCCGCCCCUGCAGACCUCGUCGCCUGGAGCGUCGCUGAUCCCAUCGCCUGCGCCGUCCGUUCGAUCACCCGCCCCGUCGUUGUUGCUGCCGGGUGCGGCCGCUGAUCCGCUCACCCGCCUCGUCGCGCGGUCGCAGCUCCAGACCGCGAGCGCGGCCGCUGAUCCGCUCGCCCGCCACGCUCGCUGAUCCGACGCGGCACCAGAUCGGCGGAUCCCCGUCGCGUCUCCCUCGGCUGAUUCCCGUCCAGAUCGCGUGGUCGUUCCCUCUGGUCGGGCGCGGUCGAGCCUCCAGACCACGCUAAUCCCCGUCGCGCCUCCCUCCCGUCCAGUCUGCAGCGGCUCCAGCUCGGCUGCCCAGCCGUCGCGUCUCCCUCCCGAUGGCGGACGACCACGACGCUGCCGCCGAGGACCAGCGCCCUACGGCUGAGGCUGCUGCACACCGUGCCAAAGACGCCCGCCGCGCCGAGGAAGGCCGCCUCCGUGCUGCCGCUCUGGACGCGUAUGAGCAUGCCCAUGAGGCCCUCUGGGCGCAGGCCACUGCCGUCGUCAACGUGAAGGCGCUCAUCCCUGUCCUUCUCGAUCAGGCGACAAAUACCUACACCAAGUGGCGUGGCAUGUUCCUCACUGUCCUUGGCAAAUAUGCCCUGACUCGUCACGUCCUUGAAGAUGAAGCGUUCCCGUCGCGCCCGGCAUGGGUUCAAGCCAAUUGCUGCGUCCUGACAUGGAUCUACAGCACCGUCUCCGGUGACCUGCAGCAAUCUCUGAUGAUGCGACAGGGCCCCGCUCGCGGGGCGUGGUGCUACCUCGAGGACGAGUUCCUCGGCCAGAGGGAGUCUCGGGCGCUUCUGCUCGAAACAAAAUUCCGCAACUUCCGCCAAGAGUCCCUGAGAAUCACCGACUACUGCCGCCAGCUCGAAUCGAUGGCGGCUUCCCUUGCCGAGUUCGGCGAUCCCAUCGACGAUCGGCAGAUGGUGCUCACGCUCCUUCGCGGCCUCGGCGGUAAGUUCCGCCAGAUGGUGUCCAUCCUCAAGAUGCACAGGCCGUUCCCCACGUUCGCAGAGGCACGAGCGCACCUGCUGUUGGAGGAGCUGGAAAUCGACGCACGACCUCCGUCCCCGCCAUCCGCCCUCGUCGCUGCAACGCUGCGAGCUGCGGCUCCCGGGGCUCCAGCACCUCCACGUCCAGGGGCACAUCCUCCAGCAUGCCCCUCGGUGCCAAACGGCCAACGUAACGGCCGUCGUCGCGGCCGCGGUGGACGCAACGGCCAUCACCAGGGCCAACCAACGCCUCCUGGUGCCAGACAGGGAGGUGCCCCCCGGCAUGCAUCCGUCCUUCGCGCAUCCUUGGGUUGGCACUGUACGGUUGUGGCCAUACGAUCAGUCCGGGCGCCCACCACCGCCGCCAGCAUUCAACGCAGUACCACAAUACAACGCCUAUGGCAGUUUCUACGGCGCUCCAUCCCCUCCGUACGGUAUGCACUACGGGGGAACUGGAGCCCCUGGUUUCCAGGCGCCCGCACCGGCGUACCAAGCGGCGCCCUGGAACCCCACUCACGGAGGAGCAUGGCAUCAGGACGCCCUUGCACUCUUUCAACACCAUGACCCUCAACCCGCCGAACGCUACUUCAGAGUGGUACGCCGACUCCGGUGCAGGAUCGCACAUGACCUCGGACGCUGGUAAACUUUCCACCAUUUCCUUGCCCACUUCAUUCACUCCAUCUAUCAUUGUGGGAAAUGGUGUCUUGCUUCCUGUCACAGCCACUGGAUCACAUAUUUUUUCUUUCCCGCAUCACAAUUUAGUUCUCAAUAAUGUCCUCGUGUCUCCUAACAUUAUUAAGAAUCUAAUUUCUAUCCGUCGUUUUACCACCGACAAUAAUUGCUCCAUUGAGUUUGAUCCCUUUGGCCUUUCUGUGAAGGAUUUGCAAACCAGGAACGUGAUCGCCAGGUGCAAUAGCUCCGGUGACCUCUACCCGUUCUAUGCACCCUCCACCAGCACCCCUGCAUUCCUCGCUGCACCCACCUCCCUGUGGCAUCGUCGUCUCGGUCAUCUUGGGCAUCAAGCUUUGUCCAAACUUAUUACCUCCAGUGUUAUUUCCUGUAAUAAAGAUGAUGUCAACCACAUCUGUCAUGCGUGUCAACUUGGUCGUCAUGUUCGUUUGCCAUUCAGUUCAUCUAGCUCUCGAGCUUCUCACAAUUUUGACUUAAUACACUGUGAUUUAUGGACCUCCCCAAUUGUUAGUGUGUCGGGCUAUAAAUAUUAUCUGGUAAUUCUUGAUGACUGCUCCCACUACAUUUGGACGUUUCCACUCCGUCUAAAGUCCGAGACUUUUUCCGCCCUUGCCAACUUUUUCACCUAUAUUCGCACCCAAUUCGGCACCGUCAUCAAGAGCAUCCAGUGCGACAAUGGCCGUGAAUUUGAUAAUUCCCAGGCCCGCACAUUUUUUCUCUCCCACGGCAUUGUCUUACGCAUGUCGUGCCCCUAAACUUCUCAGCAAAAUGGGAAAGCAGAACGUUCUCUUCGCACCAUAAAUGACAUUCUGCGUUCUCUUUUGUUUCAGGCCAGUAUACCUCCGGCUUAUUGGGUUGAAGCCCUUCACACUGCGACAUAUCUUGUGAAUCGGCUCCCCACUAAAACCCUUGCUUUCUCCACACCAUAUAGUGCCCUCUUUUCCUCCCAACCCUCCUAUGAUCAUCUUAAAGUUUUUGGGAGUGCCUGUUAUCCUAACAUGUCCUCCACAGCACCUCACAAACUUGCCCCCCGCUCCUCCUUAUGCGUUUUUCUCGGCUAUUCCUCGGAACACAAAGGCUAUUGGUGUCUCCAGCUUGAGUCGAACCGCAUUCUUAUUUCUAGACAUGUCGUUUUUGACGAGUCCUUCUUCCCUUUCGCAGCCAUGUCUACCACUCCCAUGGCAUCCUCCGCCUUGGAUUUUCUUCUUGAUGAACAUGAUCUAACCGCUCCUAUUCCUGGAGCAAGACUUGUGCAUGCAGGUACACCUCACGUCGCCCAUGGGCGUGUAGAGGCACCCACGUCUCCUCCCACUGGAUUGGGGACGCCCAGUCCCUCCGCCACGUCGACCGGCGCUGCUGCCCCUGUGCACCCUGCACAGGCUGCUGCCAGCAGUGCCCCCGCCGCCUCGCCGACCGCAUCGACGGGUGAUGCUGCCCCUGUGCAUCCUGCACAGGCCGUUGCCAGCAGCACCGCGGCCACCGGUCGCACGGCAGACACUCGUCCGGUCUCCAUCACCCCUAUCGCCAAUGCGCAUCCCAUGCACACUCGCGGCAAAACCGGCAUGGCACAGCCCGUGGAUCGCCUCAACCUCCACGUUGUGUCUAUGUCGCCACUGCCUCGCUCCGUUCGUGAUGCAUUGUCAGACCCCAAUUGGCGCUCCGCUAUGCAAGCUGAGUAUGAUGCUCUACUCGCCAAUGACACCUGGAGUUUAGUAGCACGGCCUCCUGGAGUCAAUGUGGUAACUGGCAAGUGGAUUUUUCGACACAAACUGCUCGCAGAUGGGUCUCUUGAUCACUACAAGGCUCGUUGGGUCCUCCGUGGGUUUACCCAGCGCCCCGGUGUGGAUUAUGAUGAGACUUUCAGUCCGGUUGUCAAGCCUGCAACAGUUCGAGUUGUUCUCUCGUUGGCUCUCUCUCAGAACUGGUCCAUCCAUCAGCUAGAUGUGAAGAAUGCAUUCUUACAUGGCACCCUCACCGAGACAGUGUACUGCGUACAACCCUCUGGUUUUGUGGAUUCCUCUCAUCCGGAUCUUGUCUGUCGGCUCAACAAAUCCCUAUAUGGCUUGAAGCAGGCUCCUCGUGCUUGGCAUCACAGGUUCGCAUCCCAUCUUUUUUCCCUUGGAUUUAUUGAAACCAAGUCAGAUAGUUCACUGUUCAUCUAUCACCAAGGGCCAGACACUGCCUAUUUGCUGCUGUAUGUUGAUGAUAUUGUUCUCACUGCCUCCUCUGCAAAGUUUCUUCAGUAUGUGAUUGGGGCUCUCCAGCGUGAGUUUGCUAUGACGGACAUGGG